AUGUCUCCUUCCCCUCCGAUAGUUCUCCACUCCACCACCCUCUUCUUCCCCUCUGAUAGUUCUCCACUCCACCACGUCUCCUUCCCCUCCGAUAGUUCUCCACUCCACCACGUCUCCUUCCCCUCCGAUAGUUCUCCACUCCACCACGUCUCCUUCCCCUCCGAUAGUUCUCCACUCCACCACGUCUCCUUCCCCUCCGAUAGUUCUCCACUCCACCACGUCUCCUUCCCCUCCGAUAGUUCUCCACUCCACCACGUCUCCUUCCCCUCCGAUAGUUCUCCACUCCACCACGUCUCCUUCCCCUCCGAUAGUUCUCCACUCCACCACGUCUCCUUCCCCUCCGAUAGUUCUCCACUCCACCACGUCUCCUUCCCCUCCGAUAGUUCUCCACUCCACCACGUCUCCUUCCCCUCCGAUAGUUCUCCACUCCACCACGUCUCCUUCCCCUCCGAUAGUUCUCCACUCCACCACGUCUCCUUCCCCUCCGAUAGUUCUCCACUCCACCACGUCUCCUUCCCCUCCGAUAGUUCUCCACUCCACCACGUCUCCUUCCCCUCCGAUAGUUCUCCACUCCACCACGUCUCCUUCCCCUCCGAUAGUUCUCCACUCCACCACGUCUCCUUCCCCUCCGAUAGUUCUCCACUCCACCACCCUCUCCUUUCCCUCUGAUAGUCCUCCACCCCCCCCACUCCACCACCCUUUUCUUCCCCUCCGAUAGUACUCACCCCCUCCACCACCCUUUUCUUCCCCUGAUAGUUCUCCACCACCCACACUCCACUACCCUUUUCUUCCCCUCAGAUAGUUCUCCACCCCCACCCUCUCCUUCCCCUCAGAUAGUCCUCCAUCCCCCCAUGUUGCCUCCACAUCUACCACCUUGCACCUACUGAUAGAUUCCACUUCCUGAUCUGUGAAUCCUCCAUUACUGGUUGGAAGGCAGUAUGGAGGUAAAAUAUUAUCUUUAUCUCCCUCCCUCCGGCUCUUUCACCAACCUCACUUUUUUGGGAGCAGAAAUAUUUUAUAGUGUUUUUGGGUAAUGCUAAUUUGAAAUGUUUUUUUUCUUCACCUCCAUGCCAUUUCAUGAUAAUAUUUUUGUAUUUUUUUAAAAACAUAUUCUGUAUUUGUGGCCUUCUAAACUAUAAGAAUAACUACUUGUGGCCAACCUGCACCCUCAUCCUAUUAGAGUGUAGUAACACAGAACAAUGAGACAGAUAUUUCACCGGAUGUAUAAAUGUGAGGCAUCUGGUUGGUGUUUCCACUCACUACCAAAUAUGGUUAUGAGAGAAAGCCAAGUGGUCGUCAGCGGAGAAGAUGGAGUGAGAUGGAUUUUGGCCAACAUUCUGCUAGUUUUCCCAUUGAUUAAACAUUUGAUGUCCAUACAGUUUUCUGCUUCCAUAACUAGAAUCGGUAACAAACCGCGUGGACUACACUUUGUAGACUUUACCCUUUGCUAUAGUUUUGAAAAUGCCGUAGUUUUCGAAUGCAAAGGCGAAUUGUUAUUGCACACUCGCACUUCAUAGUAGGCGUUCCCUAACGGAAAUAUUAAAAUAAAUUCUAUAAAGCGCUAAUAAGAUCUCACAAGCUCGUGCUUGGCUCUGCCCACCUCCUUGUUUGUUCUGCUCAGUAUGAUUCAUUUGCUCCCAUUGGAAACGGCAGGCUCUGGUCCAUAUUGGGUUAGUUAUAAAAAAAUAUUUGGUAGUGAGGUCACCCUGACCUUUGACCUCUUAAAGGGUCCGAUUGAAAUGUGGCCCAGAGGGACCAAAGAAGUAGAGAAGAGUGGUGUUGACAUGAUUUGCACACAUUGCUAGAUACAUUUUCUAGGUUUUACAGUCAAGGUGUGAUUUUUUAAAGCUUUUUAAGAGUAAUUACUUGAACUGCUCUUAUUUAUCUGUAUAAAUAUUGCAAGCAGUUUGUGGAGGCACUUUGUGAUUGAGAGAGGAGUUUGUUGACAAAGGGAGACAGUUUGUUCCACUGCAAGGCUGAUACUAGUGGGAGAUGAUAAAACCUAACAUUUUAAUUCAAGACAUCUUAUCAAAAGUAAAUUCACAUACAAACUUCAGAGCUACUGUGAAAAUCUUAUGCCAGAAUAAACAUUUCAGACAUCAACAGUUAUGGCUGUUCUGUGUAAGUUAUCUUUUGAUGUCAUUGGUUAGUUUUGUAAAGUCCAAAAUUACACUUGGUAAUAAAGAAUUGGGAAUUUCCACCAUAAACACUAUUUCAAAACAGUGCAGUGACAUUAUGGAAAACAUGAAAAUUGCAAUUUUCUGUUUGAUAACAUUUUCAAAUAUUUCUUUGCUUUGUAUUAUCACUUUUCUUUUAAAUAUUGCAGUGUUUUUUAAUUUCCUCUAGUCUUCAGACCUAAAGAUUCUUUACACUACAACUGCCUGGGGUUGGUGAGGUAGAAAAUGGAACCCCAAUGACAUCAUGCUGAGAGAGGGAACGAACGUGACCCUACCUCAAGGCAUACUUGUUGCAGUGUUCACUAAAAACACAGGGGUCAUUCACUCAUGUGUUUCUGCUGUUUUUUGUUUUAAAAAUGAAAUGUAACAUAUCAGCGAUUUAAACAUUGUCUAAACAGAAAGGAUGAUACAUCUUUGUGAAAUCUGAAUGGUUUGACUGCUUUGGGAUUUUAUCUAGAUAAUGAUUGUACUUUUAUUUAAGCAGGUAAAUUAAAUGAGUUGUUUUAAGAUAAAUUCCCUGCCAACUACUGUUUUAAUUCUCAUUGAAUGAGCCUACUGAGAGGACUGCUAUACUCAUAUGGACAUGAUGGCAGUACUCAACAUGGACAUAGUAAUCAGAUGCCAUACUGUUUACAAGGCUUUUGAAGAGACUGGAGAACAGUUGUUCUACCUGUGUAGUAGUGACAAACUGUAGUGGGAUUACCUCUUGGAAAUGGUCAAUUCUUCAGGUAUGACCAGUCUUUGAAUGACUUGGGACAUGCUGUCCCAGAACGGCAGUAGCUGUGCUAUCUAUACCUAUGAUCUGGUGUUUUCAGAGGACUUGAAUGUUGCUGAGUGGCAUUAAAAUGACAUAAAGAGGAGCACUGGGGUAUCUGGUUGCUGGAAAAAAAAGGGUAUGCCAUUUGUGUUGAUCUUGAACAACAGCAUUAACUAAGUUCUCUGUCUUCUGUAGAUACUCUAUGGGUUAUGUGUCCAUAUUAUUAUUAUUUUUACGUCCCUCCUGUGAAGUAUGAACGAGCGCCAAACGCCUCCGAUCCUGUAACUGGUCACAUAUUUGAACAGUGGUGGGUCAAAUAUUGACGUAAGCUCCUGGAAGGGUUCCCAAUGAGCUGACUGCUCCUUGUUUCAGUAAAUAAGGUCCCUUUUAGAGCCAUCUUGCAGCUAGAGGUGUAUGCCGAAACCCAAAGUCAUCUUUAAACCUUGUUAAAACUUCAGAAAAGAAUGUGGGGUGUUUUAAACAUGCAAACUUGAUUCUAAGCCUAAUCAAUGGCAACUGACAAGUGCAAGAUUAUGCAUUUCAAUAAGCAGUGGGCCUGUAUAUUAUUAAACAGCUUGCUGACAUUUUAUAUUGUCCCUGUGAAACGUACAGAACCUGGUUGCCUGCUAAUAUUUAAUUACAGUCAAUGCCAUGCAGGGAUUAUGACUAAUUAUUGACAUAUCAGGUUUAACAUCUUGAGCAAUAAAUAUUAACUGAAUAACC